AUGGCAGUCGAAACGCCGCGACGCUCGAUAGUAAUUCGUCAGAUUGAGGGUCGGCCUGGCGAGGUCUACUAUCCCACCGAGAUAAGGUCAUAUACUGAGACAGAACCCGGCGACGAGGAGGUGAUUGUGAGGCUCAGUGCCGUCUCACUGAAUCACCGAGAUCUCUUCAUUCGACAGCAUCUUUACCCAGGAACUACUUUCAAUGUGCCAUUGUGCUCAGACGGAUGUGGCACGGUGAUUAGCACGGGGAAGUCGCCUGCCGCGUCGGCUCUGCUUCACAAACGCGUCAUCAUCAACCCAGGAUGUGGCUGGCAGAAGGCCCCAGAGGGUCCAGAAGACCAAUCUGGCUAUAAAAUCUUGGGCGGCACUAAAUUGAACCCCAAGGGAACACUGGCAGAAACCAUCCGGGUAGCCUGGAGCGAUGUUGAAGAAGCACCGUCGCAUCUCUCGGACCUCGAAGCAGCCGCCCUCCCGCUGACGGGAUUGACAGCGUGGCGGGCUCUGGUGACAAAGAGUGGAAAUGCCGUGGCAGGUCGCAAUAUCUUGAUCACGGGUAUUGGUGGUGGUGUGGCGUUGAUGCUUCUUGCAUACUGCGUGGCAUUUGGGAUCAAUGCCUAUGUCAGCAGCAGCGACACAGCCAAGUUGACCAAGGCCAGGACACUGGGCGCCCGUGGAGGCGUCAAAUACAACCAGAAGGGGUGGGAACAAGAGCUCCUGGCCCAACUGCCCGAGGACAGGAGAUACUUUGAUGCUAUCAUUGACGGGGCGGGAGGAAACAUCGUCCAGAGCGGGGUCAAGCUUCUCAAGCAGGGUGGUGUGAUUGUGUCAUACGGCAUGACAACGGGCCCCCUGAUUUCCUUCUCCAUGACUGCCGUUCUCAAGAACAUUGAUCUCCGUGGCUCCACUAUGGGCUCGCGAGAAGAGUUUCGCCACAUGGUCAAAUUUGUCGAGGAGAAACGCAUUCAUCCAGUCAUUUCCCGCACAGUCCAGGGCAUUACCAACUUGCGUGGUAUUGACGAACUCUUCAUGGAUAUGAAGAGCGGCAAACAAUUUGGAAAGUUGGUGAUCCAACUGGAUCAAGGUGAUGGUCAGGUGGAUCACAAACUGUAGCGGCUCCAUCCUCGCCAACUUUCCACAAAGGACCUGAGAUGGUCACUAUGGAGUAGAUGGUCACUAGAGCGGCCCGAUCG